CUCAACAACACCCAAACCAUCAACUUCAUCACCAUAAACAACAGUCGCAAUGGCCCGCACCAAGCAGAGUACGCACUUCCUUUCUGGCUCAAUCUGCCAACCAUUUUGCACAGCGCUGACUCCUUCCUCACAGCCGCCCGCAAGUCCACCGGUGGCAAGGCUCCCCGCAAGCAGCUUGCUUCCAAGGCCGCCCGCAAGAGCGCCCCCUCCACCGGAGGUGUCAAGAAGCCUCACCGCUACAAGCCCGGUACUGUCGCUCUCCGUGAGAUCCGUCGUUACCAGAAGUCCACCGAGCUUCUGAUCCGCAAGCUCCCCUUCCAGCGUCUGGUUCGUGAGAUCGCCCAGGACUUCAAGUCCGACCUCCGCUUCCAGUCCUCCGCCAUCGGUGCCCUCCAGGAGUCCGUCGAGUCUUACCUCGUCUCUCUGUUCGAGGACACCAACCUCUGCGCCAUUCACGCCAAGCGUGUCACCAUCCAGUCCAAGGACAUCCAGCUCGCCCGCCGCCUCCGCGGUGAGCGCAACUAA